CUCUACAACAAAACUUUGUUAAGAAGCAAAGGGAAAUGCAGUUGGCCCUUCCAAAUGAAGACUAACAACAGAUAAUCAAUGAGAACUAAGAUCUAUGUUGGGAGUGUGGGAAAUGAUUGUAUGUGUGAGUUCUUGUUUGAGUUCAAUCCUACAUAAGGAGGGGAAAAAAGGUAUGGUAGAAAGAAAAGCUGUCCAUGAUGAAUAUGGAAAUAUUUUUAGAAAUACUGCACAUGUUUAACCUAUAUUGGAUUGCUUGCUGUCUAGAGGAGGAGGGGGAGAGGGAAAAAAUUUGGAACCCAGGCUUUUGCAAAGGUGAAUGUUUAAAACUAUCUUUGUUUGUAUUUGGAAAAAUAAAAUACUAUUAAAAAAAGAAAGAAAAGCUAUUAGUUGAUUGGGCAGCAUCUUGGAUGUCUACCAAAGUAUUAACUGUGGCAAUCCCAAGGCUGCCAUAGGAGACUUUCUAUGUCAGUUGCUAGAUUGUUUUACUCAGACACAUCUUCUCUUAUUAGAUACUUGAUUUUGCAGAUAUUGGGGGGUUAGUUGGUUAGUGUUACAAGAAACUCUUCCUGGUAGGUGUUAAAUAUUGAACAAUAAUUCGUCCUCCCUGUUUAGAUUAAAUCUUGAACUAAAGCUGACUUUCUCUUAAGUCAUUUAUUCAAUACUCAUUUAUUAAGUGUCUGUUAUGUUUCAGAUUCUGUUCUGACUCCUGGGAAUCCAAAAAAGAAUAAGUGAAUAGUCCCUGUUCUGAAGCAAUUUAUAAAGGGAGUUUGGCAUUUAUAAAGCAGAGAUGCAAUGAUAUAUUGGAAAUGGCAAAUAAUUCCACCGAAUUUAAAGAUGGAGAGAGUGAAAGGGAAUGAUUUUGGUAGGGGGGAAAUUUAUAGCAAAAUUCCUGAGGCAAAGCCUUAGAAAAUUUCUGGACUUGUUAUUUCUCUGAAGUAUGAGACAAGGACUUUUCAAGUCCAAAGCUUGGAUGAAACGUGGCUAGAUGGCCAUAGAGAAUUGGGUCUGGAUUAAGGAGAACUUAAGUUCAAAUCAGGCCCCAAAUACUUACUUGCUGUGUGACCCUGAACAAGUUCACUCUCUGCCUCAGUUUCCUCAAUUGUAGUAAUAGUCAGUUUUUUUUUAAUUAAAUGAAAUAGUAUCUGUAAAUUGUUUCAUACAGUGAUGGGCACAUAAGUGUUUGAUAAAUGCUUAUUCUCUUCCUUUCCCCACCUAAAAUUUAUCUUUAUUUUUCAUCUAUUGUGGAUCUGAAAAGACUUGUUUUUCUAAGGGCACCAGGUCAAGGUGAUAUUCUAUCCUAAUGCUGUGACCAUCUGAAGAGGAACAUGGUUUAAUUUUUUCUGGGUGGGAUCUAGCCUUAACAUAGACCAAAGAUAGACUCUUAUAAUAGCUGUGAAAUAAGGUCUUUGUUGGUAGCUGAGAAUUUCUCAACAAAUAAACCACAGACAUGAACUUUCUUUUUCACCCACUUCCUUUGCAAUUAACAUGUGAGUUAGGGUGCCAACAAAAGUGCCAUUAUUGACCCAGAGAAUUUUUUUCCUAUGGUUAUUGAUUGGUUAUAUUUCAUAUUCUUUGACCAUUUAUUUGUUGGAAAAUGACUGCUGUUAAUAUAUAUUUGUAAAAAUUCCAAAGAAAUUUGCAAAUAUUUCCCCCCCAAUUGUUGGCUUCUUUUGUUUAUGUGAAAGCUUUUCAAUUUUAUGUAAUGAAAAUUAUUGAUUUUUUUGUUCUCAUCAAUAUUAUUAUCUACAGUUUAGCUUGAUUAGUCGAAUUCUCUCAUUGAUAGUACUGAGACAUAUCUUCUUUUCUGCUCCUCCUAUUCAAUUAUAAAAUGAUCUUUUAUAUCUAGAUCCUGUAUUCUUUUGAAGCUUUUUGUGAUAUAUGGUAUAAAAUGUUAGUCUUUACCUAAUUUCUGAUAGGCUGUUUUCCAAUUUUCCCUGAAGUUUUUGUUAAAUAGUAAAUUCUUACUCCAGUAGUAUAAAUCUUUGUUUUUAUUGAAUACCCUGACAAUAUGUGUGGGUGCUUUUAAAUUUUUCAGUACAUAAUUUGUUCUGUUGAUCAACUGUUAUUUUUUUUAAAACAAGCAGCAAAUAAUUUGGAUGAUUAUUUUAGGCUCAUUUCUUUUUCCACUUUUUUUUUUUUAUCAUUAUUAACCUUAAGGUUCUUGAUCUUUUUUUUUAGACUCCAUAUGAACUUUGUCAUUUUUUUUUAAUUCUUUAAAGUAAUACUCAGGAAGUUUGAUUGAUGAAGCAGUAUAUUAAAUUAACUUAAAUAGUAUUGAUGUUUUAUAAUAUUGGCAUGACACAACUAUGAACAAUCCAUCUAUCUCCAAUUAUUUAUCUUUAUUCCUAUAAGUAAAGAGUUUAUUUACUUGUAUAAGUUUUGUUAUGUCUUAGUAUAUGAAUUCCCAUAUUUUUAUAUUUGCUAGUUAUUUUGUAGGUAAUUUCUUUUUCUAUCUCUCCCUACUAGGUUUUGUUGGUGAUAUACAAAGAGGCUGAUGUGUUUUGUUGGAACCUCCACCUAAAUGGGUCCAGUCAUGCCUCCCAGUAAGAAGCCAGAGGGCUCAGGAAUUAGUGUUUCCAGUGGCCUGAGCCAGUGUUACAGAAGUAGUGAUUUGUCCAAGUCCCUUCAUGAUGACGAUGACCUCGACUUUGCCUUGCCUGCCAUCCGAUUAGAAAAGGGGGCGAUGGAAGAUGAAGAGCUCACUAACUUGAACUGGUUGCAUGAGAGUAAGAACUUGCUAAAAAGCUUCGGGGAUUCAGUCCUCAGAAGUGUCAGCCCUGUUCAGGACAUUGAUGAUGACACUCCCCCAUCUCCUGCUCAUUCUGAUAUGCCCUAUGAUGCCAGGCAGAACCCCAACUGUAAACCUCCUUAUUCUUUUAGCUGCCUCAUAUUUAUGGCCAUUGAAGACUCUCCAACUAAGCGACUACCAGUAAAGGAUAUAUACAACUGGAUCUUGGAACAUUUUCCAUAUUUUGCAAAUGCACCCACGGGGUGGAAAAACUCAGUGAGACAUAAUUUGUCAUUGAAUAAGUGUUUUAAGAAAGUGGAUAAAGACCGAAGCCAGAGUAUUGGAAAAGGGUCCUUGUGGUGUAUAGACCCAGAAUAUAGACAAAAUCUCAUACAGGCCUUGAAAAAGACACCCUAUCACCCAUAUUCACAUGUGUUUAAUACACCUCCCACAUCUCCUCAGGCAUAUCAAAGCACAUCAGGUCCACCUAUCUGGCCGGGAAGCACCUUUUUCAAGAGAAAUGGAGCCCUUCUGCAAGAUCCUGACAUUGAUGCUGCCACUGCCAUGAUGCUUUUGAAUACUCCCCCUGAGAUACAAGCAGGUUUCCCUCCAGGAGUAAUACAAAAUGGAGCCCGUGUUCUGAGUCGAGGUAUGUUCCCUGGAGUUAGACCACUGCCAAUCCACCCCAUCGGAAUGGCGGCUGCUGUGAGGAAUGGUGUGACCAGUUGUCGGAUGAGGACAGAAAGUGAGCAGUCCUGUGGCUCUCCAGUUGUUAGUGGUGACCCAAAGGAAGAUCACAAUUAUAGUAGUGCCAAAUCUUCCAAUCCCAGGAGCACCUCCCCAGCCAGUGACUCCAUUUCUUCUUCUUCUGCUGAUGACCAUUAUGAGUUUGCUACAAAGGGCAGCCGUGAGGGCAGCGAGAUUAGCUUCCAGAGCCAUGAGAGCCAUAGUGAAACUGAAGAGGAUGACAGGAAGCAUAACAGAAAGGAGACCAAGGAUUCUUUAGCUGACAGUGGGUAUGCGUCCCAGCACAAGAAAAGGCAGCAUUUAUCCAAGGUGAGGAAAGUCCCCAGUGAUACACUGCCCCUUAAAAAGCGACGCACGGAGAAGCCCCCAGAGAGUGAUGAUGAGGAGAUGAAGGAAGCAGCUGGAUCUCUCUUACACUUAGCAGGAAUCCGAUCCUGCUUGAAUAACAUCACCAAUCGGACGGCAAAGGGACAGAAAGAGCAAAAGGAAACCACAAAAAAUUAAAACAAAUCACUGAUUUGUUUUGAACUUACUAAAAAAAAUUUUUUUUGUUUCAGCACGUCAGGAGAAUUCUAAUGAUUUGUGGCAAUAUCAACAAUUUUUUUUCCCUUUUGGUUUGGUUUAGGGUUUUUGUUUUUGUUUUUGUUUUUGUUUUUGUUUUUGUUUUUUUUGGACCCUUAAAAUUUUUUAUUUUUAAAGGAGAUUGAAGCCAUAGAACUCAUACUGACACUCAGCUGUUUUACAAAAGCUUUUCAUUAUCUGAAGACAAAACCAUAAAAGCCAAAAUUUACAUUGCUUUCUCCAGCUUGUCAGAAGUACAUGGUUGAAUAUGCUGUGACACCCGCUUUAAUGCAAUGGAAAUACAAUUUGGCAUCAGUUACUCCUUGGGUCCUAGAGGAAAUGUGCACAAAUCAGUCAUUGGUUAGGCCUAACCCCUAGGAUUAAGAAAUUAAAAUGAUCACACGAUUGGGUUAAUGAAUUGAAUGUGAAUAAGGAGAUUUGGGGAAAGCAGGAAACCCUUCCGUCUUGACAGAACCAAGAACCUGCCAGUGGCACUAUGGUUUCCAGUGAUACCGUUGCAAGUCUGGAGUUGCCACAUGUCAGGCACAGUUGUUUUCUGCUUUUACAUACCCUUGUGGCUUGAAAAUAUAAAGACUGAUGCCUUUUAAGUGGUGGAAACUGAAUUGUGUAUGUGAUGAGUUUCAGUGAAUGAUGAGAAGAAAUAGGGCAAAUUGUUAGAGAUUUCGCUAAUCAUUGAAUUCUGUAUUCUAUAGUAGAUUCAGAAGCCAUAAACCCGAAGAUUGGCACUGCAUACAAAAAAUAACAAUAAUGCAGAGAACAAGCUAUGUCUUCUUAACUGCCUGAGUGAAAAGCAAUCAAGUCUAAGAAAUUACAGUAGAUAUUAAGGAAAGAAAUAAUGAUACAGAUCUUUUUCUGUGGAUCAAAAAUAUUUGAUCUAGUUUAAAAAAAAUUAGAAGCUACAAAACCUGCCAUUAGUAUUAUGAUGUGUUAAAAAAAUUUUUUUUUGUUUUCAAGGCAUAUUGGUGGACAAGAAAAUAAAAUCUACCAAAAAAGAGCUCCUAAGCUGCCCUCAAAAUGGAGUUUGCAGUUAAUGUCAGUCAGGAUUCAUCUGUGCAAAAAUCAUUGAUUUCCAGAUUCAUCCAGUGUAGCCAGCAAGAAUAUUUGAUCCACAGUGCAUGGAUUCCUUUGAGGAAAACAAAACAAGAAAUCACAAAAAAAAAAAAAAAAAAAAACCCACAAAAAAAAAACACAAAAAAACACACAAAAAAAAAACCACACAAAAAAACAAAACUUUUUUUUAUUCAAAGAUAACAAAGUUCUUGUAAGGUAAAUAAUGUAUUUAGCAUGAAGCAUGAAUUAUUUUCAUAUAAAUAUAGAAAAUAGAGAAAAGGCUAUGCCUCUAAUUUUUAAGCCUUUAGGCUUAGAAGUUUUUUGUUUUUUGUUCUGGUUGGGUUUUUUUUUUUUUUUUUUUUUUUGUUAUUGUUGUUGUUGAUUUUUUUUUGUUUGUUUGUUUUGUUUUAUUUUUGGUUUUUUGAAGCAGGUGUUUAAGGUUUAACCUUCUUCAGGGACAAACACUGACUGUUGGGGAAUUUACUCUGCAAUAUAUAUAAAUAUAUAUAUAUAAAUAUAUAAAUAAACUCCACGCUCUGGUAGGGCUUGGAUGGUUGAACUAUA